AUGGAAAACCAACAGCUGAAGACAGUAUCCAACAUGUCGUCAGAGUGGGCGAAUUGGGAACGCGAAUUGAUCCGAAAGAACAGCCUACACAAUACAGGAGAUAUAAUCCAGCCUUCUUCUUUUCAAGAAUUCGGGAUCCAGCUGGUUGCUGAUAUCAUGGAUGGAUCUAAAUAUGCGAACAAUAAAGUCGUCGAAGAAAUUUUCGAUCAGAUGGUCAAAUCUGGCCAGCCCCUGGAGGGCCCAUGGCAUGAAUUCCACCCUUUCAUCUUUUCGGCGGCAAUGUCUACAUCAAAUGACUAUUGUCAAAAGAACCUUGUUGCAUUGGUAAUAGCUCUAGCAAAAUUCCCUGGAAGGCAGGCAAUUACCAAUCCCAGUAAGGAUGAAGUCAAUAUUUCUAAAGCUGAAAGUCUUUUCUCGGAUCUAACCGGCUUUGGCAUGAUGGCUCGAGAAUAUUGGAAUGGUCCUGGGCUGUUGCUUCACGCGUAUGGAUCUCAUGAAGCUGCUCAGAAAGCAUGGGUUAACCUACACCGGUUCAUGGCACAUCUGAGCUGUGCACAGAUGAGAGAUCCCACCGACUCACUAGAUGAGUGGGUUGAAGAUUUCGGUUUAUGGGCUAUUGCUGAGGGGUUGGAGGAUCAAGAAGGUGUGAAAGAAUGGGCAGAAGCAGCUGCUGCUUGGCUGCUCAUCGCGGGUAGAGAUAUCUACAACGACCCAACAUGGGGUCGCCGUGACGGUAACAAGGCCCCUGGUGUUCCUCUACGCGAUGGGCCUUUGUGGGAUUGUAGAUUAGCUAAUGGGGCUACACAAGAGUCUCGUUGGGAAUUUUGGAAAUUUCGUUUGCAGGAACUCACUAAACAAGCUGCAGAUGCAGCGGUAAGAAACUCGGCUCAGCAUGCAUUAGAGGCUAUGAAGAGGCAUGAAUCACCUGCUUAG